CCGGGGCUGUGGAAGAGGUUGCUUUGGAAGCUCCGACGCCUGAGGUCCCAGUCUAAGAUCAUCUACACUGAUUUUGUUGCCUUCUUACUGGACUCCCAUCUGGCAUAUUUCUUCAGUCCUUUUUACUGUCCAGUUAUUUUCUUAAGAGAGCAGCCCCAAAGAGGACUGGACUUUUUGUGCAAAUACCAAAGUCAUGGCUCAGGAGUCAUUGAUGUUCAGCGAUGUGUCCAUAUACUUCUCUCAGGAGGAGUGGGAGUGCCUGAAUCAUGACCAGAGAGAUUUGUACAGGGAUGUGAUGCUGGAGAAUUACAGCAACCUGGUUUCAAUGGGAUGUUCUGUUUCUAAGCCAGAUGUGAUCUCCUUCCUGGAGCAGGGGAAGAUGCCCUGGUUGGUUGACAGAUCACUAACAAGAGACCCGUGGCGAGUCCUGGAAUCAAGAUGUGAGACAAAGAACUUAUUCCUGAAGAAGGAAAUUUAUGAAAUACAAUCAGCACAGUGGGAGAUAGUGGAAAGACUUACAAGACAAGACCUUCAGUGCCCUGGUUUCAGAGGUGACUGGGAACGGAAUGGGCACUUUGAGAAACGACAUGACUCGCAGGAGGGACGUUUCAGUGAAUUGGCAUUCACCCAUGAAGACAUGCCCACUUUCAGUCAGCAUCCAUCCUUUACAUUACAGCAAAUUAUUAAUAGUAAAGAGAAAUACUGUACAACUAAGGAAUACAGGAAAACCUUUAGACAAGACUCUCAGCUUAGUACACAUCAGAUAAUUCACACCACUGAGAAACCCUAUGAAUGUAAAGAAUGUGGAAAGGCCUUUAGACAUCCCUCAAGACUCAGUCAUCAUCAGAAAAUUCAUACUGGCAAGAAACCCUUUGAAUGUAAAGAAUGUGGAAAAACCUUUAUUUGUGGCUCAGACCUUACUCGACAUCAUAGAAUUCACACUGGUGAGAAGCCCUAUGAAUGUAAGGAAUGUGGAAAGGCCUUUAGUAGUGGUUCAAACUUCACUCGACACCAGAGAAUUCACACGGGUGAGAAGCCCUAUGAGUGUAAGGAGUGUGGAAAGGCCUUCAGUAGUGGCUCAAAUUUUACUCAGCAUCAAAGAAUUCAUACUGGGGAGAAACCCUAUGAAUGUAAAGAGUGUGGUAAUGCCUUUAGUCAGAGUUCACAGCUUAUUAAGCAUCAGAGAAUCCAUACAGGUGAGAAGCCCUAUGAAUGUAAGGAAUGUGAAAAAGCUUUUCGUUCUGGUUCAGAUCUUACUCGACAUCAGAGAAUUCAUACUGGUGAGAAGCCCUAUGAAUGUAAGAUUUGUGGGAAGGCCUAUUCUCAGAGUUCACAACUUAUUAGUCAUCAUAGAAUUCAUGCGGUUGAGAAACCUUAUGAAUAUAGGAAAUGUGGAAAAACAUUUAACUACGGAUCUCAACUUAUUCAGCAUCAGAAGGUUCAUUUUGUCGAGAAACCCUAUGAAUGUAAGGAGUGUGGGAAGGCCUUUCGAGUCCGCCAGCAACUUACUUUUCAUCACAGAAUUCACACUGGUGAGAAACCCUAUGAAUGUAAGGAGUGUGGGAAGGCCUUUCGAGUCCGCCAGCAACUUACUUUUCAUCACAGAAUUCACACUGGUGAGAAACCCUAUGAGUGUAAGGAGUGUGGGAUGGCCUUUCGACAGACGGCACACCUUACGCGCCACCAGAGACUGCAUUCUGGCGAAAAGCUCUAUGAAUGUAAGGAAUGUGGAGAGUCUUUCAUAUGUGGCCCAGAACUUAGAGUCCACCAGAAAAUUCACAUCGGUGAGAAGCCCUAUGAGUGUAAGGAGUGCGGGAAGGCCUUCAGAGUGCGUGGUCAGCUGACGCUCCAUCAGAGGAUUCACACCGGGGAGAAGCCCUAUGUGUGUACAGAAUGCGGGAAGGCCUUCAGGCAGUACGCACACCUCACUCGACAUCAGAAGCUUAAUAUUGCCAACAGACUGUAUGAGUGUAAAGAAUGCGGGAAGGACUUUCUGUGUGGCUCUGGCCUUAGAGUCCAUCACAAACUUCACACUGGUGAGAAGCCCUAUGAGUGUAAGGAGUGUGGGAAGGCCUUCAGAGUCCGCCAGCAGUUAACCCUCCACCAGAGAAUUCACACUGGUGAGAAGCCCUAUGAGUGUAAGGAGUGUGGGAAGGCCUUCAGAGUCCGCCAGCAGUUAACCCUCCACCAGAGAAUUCACACUGGUGAGAAGCCCUAUGAGUGUAAGGAAUGUGGGAAGACCUUCAGUCGUGGUUAUCAUCUCAUUCUUCAUCACAGAAUCCACACUGGCGAGAAACCUUAUGAAUGUAAGGAGUGCUGGAAGGCCUUCAGUCGUUACUCACAACUUAUUUCCCAUCAGAGUAUUCAUAUUGGCGUGAAACCCUAUGACUGUAAGGAGUGCGGGAAGGCCUUUAGACUACUGUCACAGCUUACACAACAUCAGAGUAUUCAUAUUGGUGAGAAACCUUACAAAUGUAAGGAGUGUGGGAAGGCCUUUAGAUUGCGCCAAAAGCUUACUCUCCAUCAAAGCAUUCACACUGUUCAUAAUGGAGAAAAGUUAUAUGAAUGUAAGGAAUGUAGAAAGACCUUUAUCCGCCGUUCAACACUCAGUCAACACCUGAGAAUCCACACCGGGGAGAAGCCUUAUAAAUGUAAGGAAUGUGGGCAGGCCUUUCGACAGCGUGCCCACCUCAUUCGUCAUCACAAACUUCACACUGGUGAAAAGCCCUAUGAAUGCAAGGAUUGUGGGAAGGCCUUUACAGUGCUCCAGGAACUCACCCAACACCAGAGACUUCACACUGGUGAAAAGCCUUACGAAUGUAAGGAGUGUGGAAAGGCCUUUAGAGUACAUCAGCAGCUUGCUCGACAUCAGAGAAUUCACACGGGUGAGAAGCCCUAUGAAUGUAAGGACUGUGGGAAGACUUUUCGGCAGUGUACACACCUCACUCGACAUCAGAGACUUCACACUGCCGAGAAGCUCUACGAAUGUAAGGAAUGUGGGAAAGCCUUUGUGUGCGGUCCAGACCUCAGAGUACAUCAGAAGAUUCACUUUGGCGAGAAACCCUACGUAUGUAAGGAGUGUGGGAAGACUUUUAGAAUAUGCCAACAACUCACUGUCCAUCAGAGUAUUCAUACUGGCGAGAAACCCUACGAAUGUAAGGAGUGUGGGAAGACUUUUCGAUUAAGGCAACAGCUUGUUCGCCAUCAGAGAAUUCAUACCCGUGAGAAGCCUUAUGAAUGCAUGGAGUGUUGGAAAACCUUUAGUAGUUACUCACAGCUUAUUUCACAUCAGAGCAUUCAUAUUGGGGAGAGACCUUACGAAUGCGAGGAGUGUGGGAAGGCCUUUCGGCUGCUCUCCCAACUUACUCAGCAUCAAAGUAUUCACACUGGUGAGAAACCUUAUGAAUGCAAGGAAUGUAGGAAACCUUUUAGACUGCUCUCACAGCUGACUCAACACCAGAGCAUUCAUACUGGUGAGAAACCUUAUGAAUGUAAGGAGUGUGGUAAGGCUUUUCGACUUUAUUCAUUUCUUACUCAACACCAGCGAAUUCAUACCGGUGAGAAACCCUACAAAUGUAAGGAAUGUAAGAAGGCCUUUAGACAGCAUUCCCACCUUACUCAACAUCAGAAAAUUCACAAUGGAAUUUAAUACUGGAAAGCCUUCAACCAGACAUUAUAUACUAGAACAUCACCACAUUCAUUUUUGAAGAAAUGGAUUUCAUGUUCACAAACAAGAGUAGGGAAUUUUAUAUUGUAGGAAAAAAUGUUGCUUUAAAAUCAUGCAUCAACAUUCAAACACUGCUAGCUUUGACAAAUUAUAUGAGAGAAUAAUGUAACGAAUGUAGGAGAAUCUGUAACCUUAUCACUAUCCCCGUUUUCCCACUUUAUUCCCAGUGUGUAAUUGGACCAGGUAACCAAACUUCUUUACCUCAUUUGCUCACUUAUAACAUGGUGAUAACAGUACCUGUAGAUAUUACUUAUUGUGGUGUAAUAAAUGUCCACAUUUAUUAAAAUACAAUUUAUGUAAGUCAGGAGUUUGGGGGUGACUGAGCUGGGUUCUCUGCUGCAAAUUCUCUCAUAAAGCUAAAAUCAGCCAGGGCUGGGUCUCAUCUGAAGGUGGGGCUGGAGGGGCUAUCCCCUUUUAACCUCAUGUGGUGGUUGGUUGAAUUUGUUUUCACGGGGGGGGUGGCUGUCGCAAUGAGAUCCUCAGUUUCAAGCUCACUGCUGGGUGACAGGUGAACUCAGUACCUUGCCAAGUGGGCCUCUUGAGCCUGGCUGCUCAUUUUAUCCAAGCGCUCAAGCCAAGAAGACAGCAGUGUCUGCUAGCAUCCUGAAAGUCAUAGCCUUGUGUAAUUUAAGCACUGAAAUAGCAUCCCAUCAUCUUUGCAUCGUCUACUGGUUAGAAGGAAGGUACUAGACAGCCCCACAUUGGGGGAAGAGGGUUGCACAAGAUUGUGAAAUUCAGGAGACAUCAGAGGCCCAUUUGAAGGCAGCCUGCCACACUACAUAAUAGGAGUUUGUAGGGGUUAAGUAAUUAAUACCUUGGGAAAAUACCACCAUAUUGCAUGUUUUCUGUAAAUAUUGCAUAUAAUAGUCGUUAUUAGCAUUAGUGAGUUCAUAUGAAAGGAACACCCUGUAGAAGUGAUAUAUAUAGAUUGCUUCCUGUCUUUCACUGUUCAACAUUAUAAAAUUUAAACUCAUUCAUUCUGGAUCAAAUUUAGGAGGUUAUAUUCAAUGUGAGAAGUUCCUUAUCAUCUGAGCUGCAGCAACUUCACGCUGACAAGGAAACUUAUAAAUUGCAUGAAUUUGAGACUGGGUUUAACUGUUCAAUCUAACGGGAAAUGGUCUUGCCAUAAUAAAAAUUCCAAAAAGCAAAUGUUUUAUAAUCCCUGUUUUCUGACCACAGUUCAAGAUUACUUAGAAACUUCUCAAAAAUAUAGCAAGAAGAAAAGUAGCCAUCUGGAAAGGCAAUAUUGUAGGUAUGCAUGUUGUAUGUGUGUGUAAAAAAACUGUUAUGUAAAAGAAAGAAAACAUCUUUCUGGGAUUGCCAACAUGCAUACUGAUGGGCAGACUCGUCUUCAACUAGGGGGUGUCGGGCCUUUUGAUGGGACUGCACUAGCGGUCAUAGUCUGCUUGGUCAUGGCACCAUUGGUCAGCUGUGGAGAUAGCAGACAUCUGCUCAUUGCUCUAAAAAUUAAAGGGAAAAAUAAGCAUUUGUUUUGUUUUUCCUAGGUGAACUGGGUGUUUAGGCCACCAAAAAAAUCAAGUUAAAGUGUUUUGUUAUUUUUUAUUUAUUUGUGAAAUCCA